GAACUCCACAGAAGUAUGACCCGACUUUCAAGGGUCCCAUCUAUGACAGGGGCUGCACUGACAUCGUCUGCUGCGUCCUGCUGGUCCUGGCCAUCAUGGGCUACGUGGUCGUGGGCGUCGUGGCCUGGACCCACGGGGACCCGCGGAAGGUGAUCUACCCUACGGACAGCCGCGGGCAGUUCUGCGGGCAGCAGGGAACCCCCAACGAGAAGAAACCUUUCCUGUUUUACUUCGACAUCGUCAAGUGUGCGAGUCCUCUGGUGCUGCUGGAGUUCCAGUGCCCGACCCCGCAGAUCUGUGUCAGCAAGUGUCCCGACCGGUACCUGACAUUCCUGCGUGCCUAUGCCUCCAGCACUCCUGCAGACAUGGACUACUACAGGAACUUCUGUGUCCCUGAGUUCAAGGACCCGCGGAAGGGUCCCAUCGAGGUGCUGAAGGACAAGGAGUGCCCAGCCAUGCUCAUCCCCAGCACCCCAUUGGCACGGCGAUGCUUCCCGGCCAUCGAGGCCAAGCAGGGAGUCAUCAUGGUGGGCAACGAGACCACCUACGACGACGGCCGUGGGCAGCGGAGGAACGUCACCGAGCUGCUGGAAGGGGCCAAAAAAGCCAACGUGGUGCUGGAGGCGAGACAGUUGGCCAUGAAGAUCUUCGAGGACUACACGGUGUCCUGGUACUGGAUCAUCAUAGGCCUCGUCAUCGCCAUGGUGGCCAGUUUGAUCUUCAUCGUCCUGCUGCGCUUCCUGGCCGGGAUCAUGGUCUGGGUGAUGAUCGUCAUGGUGAUCCUGGUGCUGGGAUAUGGAAUCUUCCACUGCUACAUGGAGUAUGCCAAACUGAAAGGGGAAUCAGGUUCAGAUGUCUCCCUGGUGGACUUGGGUUUCCAGACCGACCUGCGCGUCUACCUCCACCUGCGGCAGACGUGGUUGGCGUUCAUGAUCAUCCUGUGCGUGGUGGAGGUGGUGAUCAUCCUGCUGCUCAUCUUCCUGCGCAAGAGGAUCCUCAUCGCCAUCGCGCUCAUCAAGGAGGCCAGCAGGGCUGUGGGUCACGUCAUGUCAUCGCUGCUGUUCCCCUUGUGCACCUUCUUCCUGCUGUGCCUCUGCAUUGCCUACUGGGCCAGCACUGCUGUCUUCCUGUCCACCUCCAAUGAGGCAAUCUAUAAGGUGUUCAACGAGUCAGCGUGUCCCUUCUCCGGGCAGACCUGCAAGCCAGAGACCUUCAACACCACCAACGUCACCAAGCUGUGCCCUGACGCCCAAUGCCUCUUCGCCUUCUACGGCGGCGAAACAGCCUAUCACAAGUACCUCAUCGUCCUCCAGUUCUUCAACGUCUUCAUGUUCUUCUGGCUCGCCAACUUCAUCAUCGCCCUGGGCCAGGUCACGCUGGCAGGAGCCUUCGCCUCCUACUACUGGGCCUUCAAGAAACCCGAGGACAUGCCAGCCUUCCCCCUCUUCUCCUCCUUCGGCCGCGCGCUCCGGUACCACACUGGCUCUCUGGCCUUCGGCUCCUUGGUCCUUGCCGUGGUGCAGGUCAUCAGGGUCAUGCUGGAGUACCUGGACCACAGGCUGAAAGCUGCAGAGAACAAGUUUGCCAAGUUCCUCCUGAGCUGCCUCAAGUGCUGCUUCUGGUGCCUGGAGAAUUUCAUCAAGUUCCUCAACAGAAACGCCUACAUCAUGAUCGCUGUCUACGGCACCAAUUUCUGCACCUCGGCCCGGAAUGCCUUCUCCUUGCUGAUGAGGAACAUCAUCAGGGUGGCUGUGCUAGAUAAAGUCACGGAUUUCCUCUUUUUCCUCGGGAAGCUCCUCAUUGUGGGCAGCGUUGGGAUCCUUGCCUUCUUUUUCUUCACCCACCGGAUAAAGCUGGUGCAGGACACGGCGCCGGCGCUGAAUUACUACUGGGUCCCGAUUCUGACGGUGAUCGUGGGCUCCUACCUCAUCGCCCACGGGUUCUUCAGCGUCUAUGGCAUGUGUGUGGACACACUCUUCCUCUGCUUCUUGGAGGACCUGGAGCGCCAUGACGGCUCCGCCGAGAAGCCUUACUUCAUGUCCCCCAACCUCAAGAAGCUGCUCAAGAAGACCAACAAAGGGCAGGGGGAUGCCUAG